ACUCAAUGAUCAUUGUGGUUCUUUGCAACCCAGGCCAUUCUAUGAUUCAUUCAUUCUAUGAUUCAUGUAGGGGGAUACUCUAAUUCAUGUGAACUGGGCACUCUCUAUUUUAGAACAAAUGUCUUCAAAACUGUUUCUUUAACUCUGUAUCUUUGGUGAAUUUAUCUUGAGGUAUAAGUAUCCCUUUGGAAAACCAGCUCCGCUGUUUAAAAUCUCAGUUCUUUGCAGGCAUCUUGGUUGGAGCUCCCUAAUAAUGUAUUGUUUCUAGCUGUUGGAUUAUACUUAAAGCUGUAUUCUUUCCAAGUAUUAUGACUAAAGACUUUGCAUUGGUUUUGCUUCACUUAGUAGAACUGAGAGACAUAACAUAAGACAUCGGUACCUCUGGCAGCCUUUUUCCUUGGAUGCUGCAGGCUGCUGAAACAAACGCAUGCUGAAACUCCCCUAUCAUAGAGGAGUGCCUCCCCUGGCUGUAACUGCUGCAAACACUCCAGCCAAAUGUGGGGACCUCCUGUAUCCUCCCACUAGCCUUCUCCUUUUGAACAGCAUGUGGAUUAGCAGGUGAUGCAGCCUCCUCUCCUCAGAGAGCCCAAAGCAAAAAAAAAAACCAAACCAAAACAAAAAAAACCAUCAGGGAGUAUUUCAGCAGGAAAUGAGCCGAUGGUGAGCUGGCUGCUCUUUGUUGCUGUGUUGCUAGGGCUCCCGUCGCCGCAUGGCUCUGACCCUAUGCAGCUGUGCGAGGAGGAGAACGGGGUCUGGAGCAACGUCAUCCCAGAGGGGAUAUCCACAGCAGCAGCUGCCUGGGAGCUGGGAAGGUGGCAGAGAAAAGAAAGUGUCAUUUCUUCCAAUCCCCCUCCAACCCUGUGUGUUGGGAAGGGACCUUGCCCUCCUUGCUUUCUAAAAACUAAGUGGAGGAGGUGGGGAGGGAGUAAUUUGCUCUUUGACUUCUGGAUGGUGAGUGCAGAAUGCUCUCAGACAGAGAAGAAUGAGCUCACUUCCAAACAAUUUGCUGAAGAGGUCUUGAAAGCACACAAUGACUACAGGAAGAAACAUGGAGUCCCCCCAUUAAAACUGUGCAAGAAGUUAAACAGAGGAGCCCAACAGUAUGCAGAAGAACUGGCAGCCUCAAGGAUCCUCAAACACAGCUCUGAGUCUGCUAAUGGAAAAUGUGGAGAGAACUUGGCCUGGGCAUCCUACGAUCAAACAGGGAAGGAUGUUGCUGACAGAUGGUACAGUGAAAUAAAGAAUUACAGCUUUCAAAACCCAGGGUUUUCUUCAGGGACAGGUCAUUUCACAGCAAUGGUUUGGAAGAACACAAAGAAAAUGGGAGUUGGAAAAGCAUCUGCUAGUGAUGGUUCUACAUUUGUGGUAGCUAGGUACGAUCCAGCUGGAAACGUAGUAAAUCCAGGCUACUAUGAAGAAAAUGUCCUUCCUCCAAGAAAAUAACCUUUCUUUAGAGGUAGUCUUAUUGCUUUGUGACAGAUGAACCUAGGUUUGGACUUAACACUGUUUGAAGUGAAGUACAAUUCAAUGAAAUUUCCUGUUGGAUACUGCUGCUCACUUCUCAUUGCAGAAGAAGCAAUUACAUGUUGCUUGAGUCAAUCUGCACAUUAGGUCCCUAUUGAUUCUGAGGAGACUUCAGUUUAUCUGAGGAUGAAGUAUAUGCAGCAUUUCUGAGGGGUAAAAGUUUCUAGCUUGUUCUUUUUUCUGUUAGCUUGCAUGAACUCUGUGUCGGCAUGUGAAAAUACACAUGUUGGAUGUCUUUUUCUAAACAGGCAAAUUCGUAGCUUUAUGUAAACUGAAGGUACCAGUUUGUAACUAUAUCACGUAUUCCAGGUUUUCUAUUUUUUGCUAUUAAGUGCAACUUCUUUGCUCCGUCUGUACCUUUUUCUACUGUGAAGUCUCAUCCCUACAGCUUGAACAUAUGCAAAGCCUCCUGUAUGAAAGUUACACAUAUAAAAUGCAGUGGAAUCCAGACAUAUAUGCUUUCAUUAAAAGGAUCUCACAGGACACUAAGACUACACUGGCAAAGUUGUAUCAGUCAAGCAAGCUAUAACUCAUGCAUGACCAAAAAAUUAGUAGAAAUGUUUAAAUCUUAGCUUUACAUUUUAGGUGCUAAUAUUUAAAAACACAACACUAUCUUACAGUUUACAGAAUAUACAUUGUCUUAUAAUCAAAUUGAUUAUUUCCGUUCCAGAAAAGCAAGGUACUGCCAUUUCUCUUUGAUAUUUACACACAAAAUAAAUUUCUCUGGGAAAUCAUCAUGGAUUUCAUUUCACAAUAACUUAUUUUUAUUUCCUAGAGAAUAUCUUCUGCAGACAUUGAUAUUCCCAAAUCAUAAUUAAGAGAUGUUUACUCUUAGUUCAUACAAUUCAAAAAGUUCACGUACUGUGCUUCAAUUUGGGAUUUUCUUUUCUAUGUAGGGAUUUCUUUUGACUUCUGCUGACAUUUGGCUCAUGAAGAGUGCCAUUGCAGAAAUACUUACUUUUGUUUACACAGUUGUAAUAAACUGCACUGUUACAGCUUGAUGAUAUGUCACUGUGAUGCUAUAUAUUACAAUCCUUUUGCUGUAACCAAGAAUUUAAUACAUAUUAUAAGCAUCUGAAAAUGAUAUAUUUUUGAAUAUGAAUCACUGAAGUCUUUGCUGUUACCUGAAUCUUUGUUGAAUAAUCUUUAAAUUUUAUUUCCAAGACAUUAACAUAGGACAAUAUUACUUAAGUAAUGAAGUGAAAAAAAAAAAAAAA